CACAUUCACAAAAUCAGUUUACUUAUCUUGGGUACUACAUAACGUUAGUACGUAGUACAUCUGGUAUGGCACUAGAGUGACUAGACACCCCAGGUGGGGAGAGACUAGAGAUUAGCUGCAUAACUACCUAGUCAAGUUACUCAAGUAAGCCACUUACGGAGCUAGACGGACCGGAUAAGCCACGCCCUACGGUAUCGAUAAAAGCUCCCACCAGUUCAAACGAUAACCUUAAACCUUGGAAGUCAUAAAGUGGGAGACUGGUCGGUUCCAUCGCUGUCACGAGCUUCCAACUUACAACCUUACCUUUUACUUGUUUCCAAAAUAUUACCUUGCAGCCUUAGUCCUUGGUACUGCAUAUUUCACUCCUCUCCUUUCUAAUCAUCAACUAAAUUAUCAACUCAUUAAAAUCAAUAUUAUCCCACUAUUUCUACAUGAUAUUGUACUACUUACAUCUUUCACGGCAACAAGUAAACAAUAAAUACCAAGGCUACUUAGGUUACCUAAGCUUAGCUAUGACUUGACCAACAACAUGUCUCCUCCAUCACCACCAGAAUCAACUUAUACCGUCUUCGUCCGACUUCCAUUUCCUAGGGGCAACUUCGUUGAUCCUCCUCCUGCGAAUUGGGAUUCUGUUAAAGACGAAGCUCUGUGGAGCAUCGUAUCUCGUCUUUCUGGAACAGAGAUAGACUGGAAUGAAAUCGCCGACAGCUUCGGUGUCACCGUCGACUUCCUCCUUCAGCAAGUCGCCUGGCUUACGGAGCGCCAUGCAUCCCAAGUUCGAGCCCAGAUGCGCAAGGCUGCCGCUGCCGCGAAGGGCUCAUUAGCCCCGUCGCCUCAGCCUGGCCCUGAUGGUCCCUUUUCAGCAGAGCCUAUGCGACGUACUGGGUCUAGCGAAAGGCCACCUCGAGCACCAUCCGCAUUAUCUAUUCGGAAGGACUCUCCGCUGCCUCGAAACGACGGUAGCAUACCUGGCACUCCGCUGAGGAGCAACUCCAGACCUGUCACAACCCGCACUUCUUCAGCCAAUACUACCGUCUACACCGCCCGCAAUAUAGGCCCUAGCGGAAAAGCCUCCUUAAAACCUAACAUCGAUGCGGCGCGACAGCGUCUAUCCUCACUUCCCAUUGCCACCUCCGUUGAUGAUCCAGAUCCGGACCCGACGUCCUCGAGCCCAGUCGAGUCGAGCUCCGAAGCCUCUUCGUCCGAGUCCAGCCCCGCACAGUCCAGAAUCAUCCGACGACCACCACGCUUCCAGCAAAACAAUAAUGAUGGCCGAUCCUCCUUCGCCGAUGACGAUGACGAUGAAGACCCCGAGCCUGCCUUUUUGCUCCAUAGGACCCAGACACAGUCAGAUGGUUCAAGCAGUGGCACUGGACCACACGAUCUCAGCGCAACACUCCGCGGCAAUCCAUCUGUGCGCGACUACGCAAAGCGCAGGGAACGGUUUCACCAAUCCCAUACCUCCGACUCAUCGAACAGUUCCGCCGUGAUGCCGUUCAAAGGUAAUUCAUCAGAUCAAGGCCGGUCCAACGCAGGCCCACUCUCGCCUCGUCGCACCAUGGAGCUUGCAGGUCGUAAUUCUGGCGGCAAGGGGAAGGGGUACUCGCGCGAUAGCGAUGGGACGCCAAGUAUGGGAAGUAGCUUUAGUGAUCUGGACGACGCUUCGGUAACCCAGUCGGCCAUGGAAGAAGUAUUUGCCAGCAAGAUGCAGGACGGUACCUUGGGUAGCCUUAGAGGAACUAUCAGUGCCGCUUGGAGGAGCAGAUAUUUACCAGGGAAGUCGAACCCCUGAGCCAAACCCAGAUUCUUGUACUUUCCCCUUCUUUUCUUUCAAGCUUCUUUCGCCUUGCUCUUGAUAUUUAUCUCAAAAUUUGGAAAUUCAAUUUACUACAGUAGGGUUGUCAUGCUCACGUGGGUUAGGCGGGUAUAGCGGGCGGGUUACGGCAGGGCAGGGUAGCUCCCAAUGAGCGGGCGUCACCUAGGUACGGCGUUUCCGGGAUUUCCUGUUACUGUGUAUCAUGUAUUGUCUUUGAUGGACCGACACAUAGCUGAGUACUAUAUAGGUGCUAUAUAGGUACUAGGUAGGCAUGUAGGCAGGUAAGGCGAGUUGGUUUACACAAUGGGACUGAUAGGGCUGGAACUAAACUGAAAACUCAACUGCCUAUGUGUAUUGUAUCUAGCGAGUCGUAGCUGGGAAUAUGUAUAGUAGGCACUGUACUUAUCCACGAGGAAUUCACUACCUAUUCGUCUAUCUACAUUCUGCCUACUUGACUUACAUGGCUACAGGUCUAGGCUUAGUCAGCAUGCAUAUAGUUAGAGUAUCACUGGG